AUGAAGUAUGACAGAACCAAGGAACCCCAGGAACACCUAACAGCCUUCGAGGCAAGGAUGAACUUGGAAGGAGCCGCCGAUGUGGUCCGAUGCAGGGCCUUUCCGAUAAUCUUAGCCGGCUAUGCAAUCAAAUGGUUCAACGGCCUCCCGAAUGGUUCCAUAGCCAGCUUUGACGUCGUCUCUAGAAAGUUUAUGGACCAGUUCACUGCCAGGAUCACCAAAGCAAAGCACCUGAUCAACCUACUCGGAAUUACCCAAAGACAAGACGAAUCCAUGAGGAAAUACCUCGACAGAUUCAACGAUGAGUGCCUAACGAUCGAUGGACACACGGACUUGGUAGUUGGUCUCUGUCUAACCAAUGGACUCAUGGAUGUAGACUUCCGAAAGCACCUCACCACCAAGCCAGUCUGGACUAUGCACGAAAUCCAAAGUGUCACGAGGAAAUAUAUAAAUGACGAAGAGGUAAGCCAAGUCGUGGCCGCCAACAAACGGAAGCACGGCAACACGACACCUCGUAGCAACCCACUACCGAAAGCGUCCUAG